UUGGAAUUGCUACAUUGAAGACCUUGGCAUAUUUUUCAGCAGUCCUUGGGGUGCCUUUCUGUUCAACAUGUUGCUGUAUUCCUUGCUAGAGGGAUUUGACAUCAAAGGGCUUCUAGUUUUCCUCAUUGUCUUUCUUCUGAUCGCUGACUUUCUGAAAAACAGAAACCCCCCCAACUUCCCCCCUGGACCCUGGGCCCUGCCUGUUGUGGGAAAUGUCUUCCAUAUUGACAGCAAACAACCACACAUUUACCUGACAAAGCUGGCCAAGGUUUACGGGAAUGUCUGCAGCAUCCGCCUGGGUAGAGAAAAGAUUGUGCUUGUGACAGGGUACAAAAUGAUGAAGGAAGCACUGGUUACUCAAGCAGAGAACUUUGUGGAUCGACCCCCGAGCCCAAUGUAUGACAAGAUCUUUUAUGGAAAUGGCAUUUUCUUGAGCAAUGGUUACAAGUGGAGGAAACAGAGGAGAUUCGCUCUCACCACCAUGCGGAACUUUGGACUGGGAAAGAAAUCCUUGGAAUCCGUCAUCUGUGAGGAGAGCAGAUUCCUUCAAGAAGAGAUUGAGCGGGAGCGAGGUAAUCCCUUUGAUCCCCACUUGCUUCUCAACAAUUCCGUCUCCAAUAUCAUCUGCUUCAUGGUGUUUGGACACAGGUUUGAUUAUAGUGAUCAAAAUUUCCAAAUGCUCCUGAAGUUAUUGUCUGAAACACUUCAGCUGGAAGGUUCCAUAUGGGGACAGCUCUACGAAGCUUUUCCAACUGUGAUGAAUUUUCUCCCGGGACCACACAAUGAAAUCUUCAGACAUUACAAAGACCUCUCUGCAUUUGUGAGAGGGGAGCUGGAGAAGCAUAAACAGGACUGGGACCCGUCUGCCCCACGAGACUAUAUUGACUCCUUCCUUGCUGAGAUAGAACGUAACGUGCAUGACCCAGAGGCUGGCUUUGAUGAGUUCAACCUGAUCAUGUGUGCUCUGGACCUGUUUCUUGCUGGGACUGAGACCACCUCGACCACACUGCGCUGGGCCUUGCUCUACAUGAUGAAAUACCCUGAUAUACAAGAGAAGGUCCAGGCUGAGAUUGACAGAGUAAUUGGCCAAUCGCGGCAGCCCACCAUGGCAGACAGAGCCGACAUGCCCUACACUGAUGCUGUGAUCCAUGAGAUACAAAGGAUGGGCAACAUUGUGCCACUGAAUAUGCCCAGGACUGCCAGCAAUGACACAACACUGGGAGGACACUUCCUUCCAAAGGGCACGGCAAUAAUGACAAACUUGACCUCAGUGUUGUUUGACAAGACUGUGUGGCAGACACCAGAUACUUUCAACCCUGGACACUUCUUGGAUUCUGAUGGAAAGUUUGUGAGACAGGAUGCAUUCAUGCCCUUCUCAGCAGGUAAGAGGGUGUGCCUAGGGGAGCAACUGGCUAGGAUGGAGCUUUUUCUCUUCUUCGUCUUCAUCUUCCAAAAAUUCAGCUUCUCCCCUGUCCAGGGCGUAGAGCUAAACCUGGAAGGUCAAAUCGGAAUCAUCCUGACACCAGUUCCUUUCAAGAUCUGUUCCUCCCUUCGCUAAAGUGCCUCAAUAAACAUUCCUGUGUAUGUUCAAUCUAAACAAAGCUGCAAACAUAUAGCACAGUUUUUGCAUAUAUUCUGUGACAUUCAUGCUUCUACCUGAAAUAAAUGCUGCCCCUGAAACACUUCUA